CAUUUCAGGCGAAAACGUACUGUUCUCGGUUAAAAUGAAAUACUCACACCUCAAACGAUUCAAAAAAUUGCAGGAAGAUCUCCUGCUGAACUUGGUGUCCCAAUUACCAAAACUUCCAGUUCCACCCUUGGCCCAAACGCUAAGAAAAUACGAAAAAACACUUCAACCGCUCUUAAAUGACGACGAGGAAAAACAACGGGUUUAUGAAAUUAUCGAGAAAUUCGGAAAUCCGAAUGGCUUGGGAGCAAAGCUACAGCUGUAUUUGGAAGAUCGGAAAGAAAAAAUGGAUAAUUGGGCCUACAAAUACUGGUUAAAAGACAUGUACUUAGGCAACCAAGCAUCUUUACCAAUCAAUUCAAAUCCGGGAAUGGUUUUACCUUCAAGAAGGUUUACAACAAUCUUAGAUUUAGCCAGAUUUACAUCAAGAUUAAUUCAAGCAAUUAUGGAUUAUAAAGUAACCUUAGAUCAAGGACUACUUGAAACGGAAAAAGCCACGUCACGAGAACCAGGUCAACCUCUUUGUAUGGCCCAAUAUUAUCGUAUUUUAGGUUCAUGUCGAAUUCCCGGAAACCAAAUCGAUCAGCAAUACAUUUCAAACCCGCUUAAAAACGAACAACAACAUGUUAUUGUUUUAUGCCGAAAUCAAUUUUAUUGUAUUCCCAUUCAAGCGACUGAUAGAGGACGUUUAAACGAAGACGAAUUGUGUUCGCAAUUGUUGUAUAUACUUGAUGACGCCCCGUGUUUAAAAGAAACGUGCCCCAUCGGGUUGUUAACUGGAUGGAAACGAAAUCUUUGGGCGGAAGUUCGCGAAAUCUUGAAACAAGAUCAACAGAAUUCGAGAAAUUUAGAAAUGAUUGAGAAAUCUUUGUUUUUAAUUUGUCUAGAUGAACCUCUCCCACCAAAUUUUAACAGUACAAUAAUGAAGAAAAGAAAUUCCAAUGUCGAAGAAUUAAAACGUGAUGAAACCAAUUUAACUCUUCAAAUGCUUCACGGUGGGGGAAGUACUUUUAACACGGCCAAUCGUUGGUUCGAUAAAACGUUACAGAUUAUUGUUUCGGGCGAUGGGUCUUUGGGGUUGUGUUAUGAACACAGCUUUGCCGAAGCGGUAUCUUUAAUUCAAAUGAUUGAAAAAUCCAUUGGAAUCGUAAACGACCUCCCCCAUAACCCCGAAAUGCCAAAAUCUAAUUCUUAUUUACCAAAUCCAGAGAAAUUAACUUGGAACGUUGAACAAGACGUUCACGUUAAAAUCGAAGAAGCAACGCGGUUUAUAGACUCUUUAAUUAAAGACUUAGAUUUUUAUGUUUAUAAAUUUAAUAAUUAUGGAAAAAAUUUAAUAAAAUCAUUUAAAGUUAGUCCGGAUGCGUAUAUUCAACUUGCUUUGCAACUUGCUUAUUAUAAAAUUUAUUCAAAAUUAACAGCAACUUAUGAAAGCGCUUCAACACGGCGCUUUUUGAACGGCCGAGUUGAUUGUAUACGUUCAGCGACGCCGGAAGCUUUAAAAUGGGUCCAAGCUAUGGCCCAACAACCAUCGAAAUACGAUGAUAUAACUAAUAAAAAAGUUAGUUUCGAUUUAAUUUCGGAAGAACAAAAGUUAAUGUUAUUCCGAGAUGCAAUUAAAGCCCAAACGGAAGAGAUGAUCGAUAAUAUUUUAGGACAAGGAAUCGAUGUACAUUUAUUAGGUUUACGAGAAGCCGCCAAAGAAACUAGCCCUGUGUAUUCUAGCCCGCUGCCCGAAAUUUUUACCGAUCAAUCUUAUCAAUUGGCUAAUAAAUUUUUAUUGAGUACUAGUCAAGUUGCGACUAGUUUAGAAAAUAGCUUUAUGGGUUACGGGGCUGUGGAACCGGAUGGUUACGGAGCCUCUUACAACCCUAAAAAUGAUUUCAUUAUUUUUUGUAUUUCAUCGUUUCACAGUUCGGAUAAAACCGAUACUGAAAAAUUCGUUUUUAGUUUAGAGGAAAGUUUGAUUUCUAUGCAAAAUCUGUUAGCCACUAAAAGAGAAAAUUAAAUUAAUAUCAAUUUGUGUAAAAAUAAAAAACAAAAACUAAUUGUAUUAGUUUUUUGAUUCGUAUUUGGGUCAAUUAUCAACAAUGUAAACGUAUACAUAUCAAAUUAUUAAAAACGUAUACAUAUCUAUAGAAAAUUAUAUACAUAUCAGAGUAAAAAUAAGAAAUUAUUUUAAAAAUUCGAUUAAGACUUUCCUUUUCCGUUAUUGUUGUUAUUAUUCCAAAAUAGACUGAAGCAAGUUAUCUUAGAUAGUUAACCAGUAUUAUAUGCCUUAUAUACGAAAAGUCUAAGGACGGUAGAAUCUGAAAUGAGUGUUCUUUUGUAAUCGUUAUUCGUUAUUUUUUUCUGAUUACAAAAAUAUGGGAUUAGAUAGGUCUAUUUCUUGUUGUUUUAGAAUAAAGCUAAAAAUAAACUAAGGGGGAACAAAGGAACAGAGAAAUAGUUGUACUUUUUAAUCACUUUUUAGGAACAUAUUGUUCCCCUAAAAUACAAAUUUAUAACAUCUCUAGGAGCAAUCGUCUUAGAUUCUACCAAAAAUCAUUUUAUUCAUAAUUUAUUUUUAUUAUAUUCAUGUUAAAAGCCUAACUUUUGCACAAACGUGUCGCAUUUAGAAAUAAUAAUCACUUAAUGUAAGAAAAACUAUAUAAGUAAAGACAUCCUAUUGUAAAAAAACUUUAUUUAAAACUUCUCAUUUUUAAAAAAACAUUUUCUAAUAGAAUCCACUGCUUCUAGUAGAUUAAAAUAUCCUAUCUAAUUUUUAUAUUUUGAAUUCGAUGAUAUUUUCUUUUGUAAAUAAAGUUUUUAAUAACAAAAUAAUCGUGUAUUAGCAAUAUCUACUUAAAAAGUCGAAGAAGAAAGCAGGAAAUGCUAAAUAAAACCGGUGCGUUAUCAGUAAAAAUAUAUUUUUAACCCCGAUAGUCGCAAAUAUUAAAUAAAAAUUAAUUAAAUUAAGU